AUGUCGCAGCCGCCAAAUGUCUGGGGAACCACGCCGGAGAUCAUCGACGAUCUCGCCGCCUUCAUCCAACUCCGUCGACGAGCUAACGAUGCUCAUGCGAUGAAACAGGCCGAGCAGAUGAAGAAACUUGACGAGGAAAUCAUUGCGAUGAGACAGCAUGUUCGAGCUGAUCGACGCGAGGUCGCCAAGAGCAUUUUCAACGAUGAACAAGUCAUCACUCAUGCGCUGGCUGACGAGAAGCAGCUUCAGCUCGCAUGCAAAGGCCUUGACGUCCGCACCGCCGCGAUCAAGCUCAACGAAGAUGUCUUCGUCAGACACAAGUGGCUCAACUACCUCAGACACCAGCGGAUGGCUCGAGAGCGCCGAUUAGAGGCUGCUAAGACCCAACAUCAUGUGACAUCACUUCACGAACAUUCCACUUUCCAACGCGCCGACGACAAAAGUCUCCGUCUCCUGAUGACGAAGCUUGACAAGAUGAUCAUGAAGCGCAACACCGCUUCAUUCAUCCAGGGCACUUACAGAGAAGCCCUGGAUAAACUGAAUAAGGACUCUUUGACCUUGUCCAAGGAUUUGGACUACAUCGAGCGAGCAGUCACGCUCAGCAAGUUUGAAGCUCUCGAUCUUCGGGAGAUCUACCAAGCUGCUAAACAGGGACAAGAAAUCGCCCGGGCAAAACGACUUGAGCUCGAGCAAAAUGUCUUCCUGGCCAAGCAGCAGCGCGACAAGUUGAUCUCUGAGACUCGCCAACAAGCGAAACAGGCCGCCGAGAUGCCCGAGUUUGCCGCAGUGCGAACUCCUGUUGAUUUGGGUCAGACUGGAAAAGAAAGAACGACCAAGACUUUCGCAGACAAGCCAUCUCAUCAGUUGGACAAGCUCAGCCCUGUCAUCAAGAUCAUCACUACUGUAACAAAUACUGCGCUCGCUGACGAGAUCCCCAAGGCUUUCAAUCGCCAGGUGAAGAAUCGAGAGUCGCUUGAAACUCAGUCCACUGAAGUCACUGAGAAGCUCAACGAAGAGAAGCGACUCUUUAAGGCUGCCCAGGCUGACUUGGAAUUCGCCCAGUUUAAUCAGAAGGAGACGGCGCGAAUUCUUCAGGCUGAGAUUGAAGCUGCGGAAGAAGAAAUUAAUAAUGACUCGCAGCGACUUCAGACACGACGAUCUAGUGAUACUAGACAGGUCGAGUACGUAGUGAGCAUCAACGACGCUCUGGACGGCAUGCUCGCAAAGAUCACAGGCGCUGGCCUCGCCGAAGUCGAGGACGCAACCAAGCUCACCAUGACUGAAAGGCUCGACAUCAUCAAAAAGGCAGCAGAGGCGCUCAAACAAAUAGAGCGCGAAGAGGAAGCUGAAAUCGAAGCAGAGCUCCGCAUGGACGCUCUUUUCAAGAAAGUCGGUGAUUCGGGAGCACAGCGAAUCAAAAUUAUCGAAGACGACGGAGUCAACUUCUCUGACAACUUCAUUAUUGACGACAACAUCAACGAGCAGUACAUCACUCGCGAUGAGAUCAAAAAACCUCUCAACAAUGGAAAGAGCAAAGUCGUAAAGAAAAAGUAA